AUGUACACAAGCGAGUGGUCGUCAUCAUCGUCUUCGUCUUCUUCGCCCUUGUACACGACAUCUUCCUUGCAGUACGUCCAUUUCCUCCCACUCCGAGUCCACCUCGCUCCUCAACAUCGAUUCUUGCCCCAGCGUCUCAUCUCAGACGACAUCUUGAACUGCAGAUUCACGGUCAGGUCCCAGCAAAAGCCGAGCCCCAACGUCAACAGCUAUGUCUCAUCACUGAUGAAGCUUUUCAUGUCUAAAGCUUUUCGCGUGUUGCGCGGUGUUGAUACUCGUACAACGCCGACCUUCAACCGUUCUUACGAGUUUCCUGACGACCAUGAUUGCGUCGCCGAGCGUCUGGGCGAUGUCUACGAAGCUGCGCUGGCCGAGCUCAAGUGCAGUCCUUCCCUGAAGCAAAUUGCCGGCAAGGUCGUCUACGCUCGAGUCCUAACCCCCAAGCUGUACAAAGCGAUUCUCCAACGUCUCGUCCCCACCGACCCAGCCUGGGCCUCUCUUCACGAGGUCAAUGGCAAGCAUGACCUCUCCUAUGGGAUAAGUACCUACAAUAAGGCUCGUAUCAACUUUCUCAAAAUCCAAUAG